GGCCCAGCCCAUGAAUAUUUUUCUUUUAAAAGAAUAAAAACUUCUAGUUAAUAAUCAGAUGGGCCCUACCUCUUGAGAGUUGAAAUAUCUACGCGUCCAUUUGCGGUUGGAAUAUUUCCAUUCCUUAACUACUACACCGUCGUCACCGCGUUAGGGUAAAAGCUCGGAUCAGACUCAAGAGGCGUUACCGUCGAAGCUCUUAGUGCUACUCGGUUCUUUCGAUCAUCAUGAGUUUUAUCUUCGGCAAGAGAAAAACUCCCGCAGAACUGCUGCGGGAGAAUAAGAGGAUGUUGGACAAAUCCAUAAGAGAGAUAGAGAGGGAAAGACAAGGGCUACAAACGCAAGAGAAGAAGCUAAUUUCAGAAAUAAAGAAAAGUGCCAAACAAGGGCAGAUGGGAGCUGUGAAGGUGAUGGCAAAGGACCUUAUUAGAACACGGCAUCAGAUUGAGAAGUUCUAUAAGCUUAAAUCACAACUCCAGGGCGUGUCACUUAGAAUUCAGACGUUGAAGUCCACACAAGCCAUGGGAGAAGCAAUGAAAGGUGUGACUAAGGCAAUGGGCCAGAUGAAUAGGCAAAUGAAUUUGCCAUCACUGCAGAAAAUAAUGCAAGAAUUUGAGAGGCAAAAUGAGAAGAUGGAAAUGAUGACCGAGGUGAUGGGAGAUGCUAUUGAUGAUGCACUGGAAGGGGAUGAAGAAGAGGAGGAAACAGAAGAACUAGUGAGCCAGGUUCUUGAUGAGAUUGGAAUAGACAUCAAUCAAGAGCUUGUGAAUGCACCAUCAUCAGCUGUUGCUGCGCCAGCUGUGAAGGGUAAAGUUGCACAAGCGGCGGAAACUGCUGGGAAUGAAGAUGGUGGGAUUGAUAGUGACUUGCAGGCAAGGUUAGACAAUCUAAGAAAACUGUAAUAUUAGUGGUGUUACGGCGACCUGCAGGCCAGGUAGAAAAUUUGAAGACAUUGUUUCUUUCCCUCUUGUAAAAUUUUCCAAUCUGAAUUAUACUUAUGAUGAAUAUGAAAGUUUCCAGAACUACCUGAUGUGAAUGUAAAUUUCUAUCAAAUUGCUUUUAUGUUAUAACAAUGCAUAUGUUUUUCCUA